AUGGAAUCCAUUUGGGCCAUUCUCUCACUGUCCACCCCAUACCUUCUGUCUCUCCUAGCUUUCUUACUACUGGAACAGAUUUCUUACUUGAAGAAGAAAAGGCACAUCCCAGGCCCAACUCUAGUCCUCCCAUUCAUCGGAAACGCAAUUUCAUUAGUCCGCAACCCAACAAAAUUCUGGGAACUCCAAUCCGCCACAGCCAAGUCCUCCGACGCUGGUUUCUCCGCCGACUACAUCAUCGGCCGAUUCAUCCUCUUCAUUCCCUCCUCCGACCUCUCCCAGAAGGUCUUCGCCAAUGUCAGACCCGACGCCUUCCACCUCGUCGGCCACCCAUUCGGCAAAAAACUCUUCGGCGAACACAACCUCAUCUACAUGUUCGAUCAAGAGCACAAAGACCUCCGUCGCCAAAUCGCCCCAAAUUUCACCCCCAAAGCUCUUUCCACUUACAGUUCCAUCCAACAAACCAUCAUUCUCAAGCACUUGAAAUCAUGGGUUCAAUCUUCUUCUUCUUCCCCAACUGAACCAAUGCCUCUGAGAUUUCUCUGUCGAGAUAUGAAUCUAGAAACCUCUCAAACAGUGAUGGUUGGUCCUUAUUUAAGCAAAGAAUCGAGACAAAAAUUCAAUGAAGAUUACAAUUUUUUCAACGUUGGAUUAAUGAAACUCCCAAUUGAUUUGCCUGGAUUUGCUUUCAGAAAUGCCGGGCUCGCUGUGAAAAGGCUUGUUCAAACACUAGCAAAAUGCUCAGAGGAAAGCAAAACAAGAAUGAAUGAAGGCUAUGACCCAACCUGUUUGAUAGAUUUUUGGAUGCAAGAGCACAUCAGAGAAAUUGAAGCUGCCAAACACGCCGGUGACGGAGAUCCACUUCACUCCGGCAGUGAAGAAAUCGGCGGCCAUUUGUUUGAUUUUCUCUUCGCUGCCCAGGACGCUUCCACUUCCUCUCUCCUCUGGGCAGUGACCCUUUUGGAUUCACAUCCAGAGGUCUUAGCGAGAGUGCGUGAAGAGGUGGCCGGUGUCUGGUCGCCAGAGUCUGACACACCCAUCACCGCCGAACAGCUCAGAGAAAUGCGGUUCACAGAAGCAGUGGCGAAGGAGGUGGUGAGGUUCCGAGCUCCGGCAACUUUGGUGCCACAUAUUGCCGGAGAAGACUUCCAAUUGACGGAAAAUUACAGAGUUCCCAAGGGGACAAUCGUUUUUCCGUCGGUUUUUGAGAGUUCAUUUCAGGGGUUCGUUGAACCGUACCGGUUUGACCCGGAUCGGUUCAUGGUGGAGAGGCAGGAGGACCGAGUUCAUAAGAAGAACUUUCUGGCGUUCGGAGCUGGGGCCCAUCAGUGUGUCGGACAGAGGUACGCGAUCAAUCACUUGGUGCUCUUCAUCGCCAUGUUCACGUCGUUGAUUGAUUUUAAGAGGCACCGAACGGAAGGUUGUGAUGAUAUUACGUAUGUUCCCACGAUUUGUCCUAAAGACGAUUGCAAAGUUUUUCUUUCCAAGAGGUGCAGCCGAUUUCCAUCUCUUUCUUGA